AUGGCUCCUCUAUUCGCCCUGCUCGGCCUGCUGGGCUUCUUGACUUCUUUCGUGUCAGCAACGGCUCUGACAUACAAGCUCCCGCCCAAUGGAAAGGAGUGCUUCUACUCGCACAUUGAGCAAAAGGGCGCAAAGGUUGCCUUUUACUUUGCUGUCCAAUCAGGCGGCUCCUUCGAUGUCGACUACGCAGUCCACGGACCCAGCUCAGAGCCCGGCAGAGAAAGAACCAUCCUCGAUGGCACCAAGGAACGCCAGGGUGACUUCGUCUUCACAGCCAACGAGGCCGGCGAGUACCGCUUCUGCUUCGACAACAGCAUCAGCACCUUUGCCGACAAGAUGAUCGACUUUGAAAUCUCCAUCGAGAACGAGCCCCGCGCCGCCAGCAUCCNNCCCUCCAAGCAGGGUGCCAACAUUGAGCAGACUUCGGCCCUCGAGAACUCGGUCCUCAAGCUCAGCGGCCAGCUCAGCACAAUCACGCGCCAGCAAAAGUACUUUAGAACUCGCGAGAACAGAAACUUCUCCACCGUCAGGAGCACCGAGCAGAGAAUCUUCAACUUCUCCAUCAUCGAGAGCUUGAUGAUGGUUGGUAUGGCCGGUCUGCAGGUCUUUAUCGUCAGAAUGUUCUUCCAGACUGGUCGCAAGGGUUACCUUUAA